AUGGCCACAUCCGCAAGAAACCGGACGGCUACCAUCAGCUCCGGAAAGUCGUCGCAAAGGGGUCGGAGUAAUGAAAUGCAAGACUUCACGAUGUCGCAGCCCAACAUUAUGCGCUACUUCGAGCCUUGCGCCGCCACGGCGUCCAUGUUCCUCUACGCGCAGGGCUCAUCUAUCGUCUGCUGCCACCACGACACUCUCACAAUCGAGAGGAGAUUUUCGAGGCACUCGGAUGAGGUUCAGCUGCUCGCAGUCGACACCCAGAGCGAGAUUGGAGCGGGAAGGUUGGUAGUCAGUUACGAUGCCGGGCAGACAGCAAUUGUCUGGGAUAUCAUGACGGGCGACGAAGUGGCUCGCUUUGCUUCAUACGAGCAUCUGACGACUGCCUCUUGGAUGCGCAACGGCAACGUCGCGUUCGGCAACACUCAGGGCAACAUUAUUCUAUUCGAGCCCACCACAUCAGAACAUAUCUCCUCAAGAACGAUUGACCAGAUCGCAGUGACAGCACUUGCACCGGCCGCAGACUGUCGGACGUUUGCAAUAGGUUACCAAAACGGCUCUCUGCUGGUCGCAACUUUGCAACCGCGAUUUACUAUUCUACACAACCUAGGUACCUCUAGAGCGCCUUCGCCAAUAGUCACGCUGAACUGGCAUGCCUCUUCGUCUCGGCAGAAGUCGGACAUGUUGGCGUCCCAGACGCACGAUGGUGAUCUACGAGUCUGGAGCGUCUCCAAGUCAUACAGCAGUGACGACCCCGCCAAGGUCGUGAGAAUCCUCAAGCGCACCGACAACUACCAAAGCGGACCCAACUGGAUGGGCUGGUCGAAGAACGGCCGAAUCAUCCAGUAUUCCGACUCGGAAACACUGUCGUGGGAUGUUCGUACCAAGCAUGUUACUUGGGACAGUAUCCCAACGCUCGAGCAUGUCAGAGGCCUUGCCGUGUACGGGCCCGGAGCCAGCCUCUUCACACUCGGAGCCAACAACACGGUUCAGCAGUUUGACCUCAACACGCCGUCGAUCAUUGUGGCCAACGUCCAGCAUCCCGCUAACCUGUUGCCGCCAUCGCCGCCGGUCUCCAUCGAGGAACAACAAGGCCAGAAGACCUCGACAACAAUCGCCACCGAUUCUGAUGCUACCUCUGGCACGAUUGAAUUGGGAAUCUCCGAGAGCGACGAAGAUCACCUGUCUCCGUUCGAUCGCAUUGUCGGUCGGAGUGACACGGGCACCCCCAAGGCGCCCGACCCCUAUGAUGCUGACACUGCAAGCGCGGCCUCUAGCCGCAGCGGGCUCUCUGCCAUCUCAAAGUCCUCCGGAGGGUCUCGGACACCCGGUCGCUACCCUUCGUCGGCUAUAUCACGAGGCAUGACCGAAAAUACAUACAUCUCGGCCGGUUCGUCCUUGAGGUCAUCUGCUGCACCGUACCAGGAAAGAGACAUGUAUUCCAUGAGCGGAACGUCGAUGUUGACCGGCACAUCAAUGUCUUCGUACCGUUCUCGUCGCUCGAAGCCCUCCCGCCUGCGAAAUGAGGUUAUUCCAAGCCCGGUUGACAGCAAGGUCCAUGACCUCUUCAAGUAUACAAGAAGCCGACUUAGUGAUAUUCCUUACAAGCACCCAGUCGCUACUGACAAUAGCCGUCUGACGAACGAUGAUCUUCGCAAGCAAAUGCUGAACACCAUCUUCGGAUGGAACAAGGGGAUUGAGGAUUUGGUCCGGGAGGAAUUGAGCAGACACAACGCCGGUUCACCGGGCCGUAUCCUGCUGAUGAGGUGGCUUGGAGAUAUUGAUGCUGAUGUUAUGGCAGCGAGCUCAGCCUCCAUGACUUCUUCCGACUGGAUGUUGCUAGCCCUCAGCGGUAUUGGAGGUCAAGCCUCGCAACACAAGCUGGGACGCGCUUAUGUCCAGAGACUGUUGGAGCAUGGCGAUCUUCACGCUGCGGUCACUAUUCUGAUUGGAAUGGGCGACUACAAUGACGCCAUCGAGAUCUACAUCUCGCACAAGAAGUACAUGGAAGCUCUCAUUCUGACUUGCCUUUUCUACCCUGCUGUUUGGGAGCGGCAGUCAGCCAUAAUCAAGAAAUGGGGAGAGUGGGCUGUCAUGCACGGGCAACAGCAGCUUGCAGUCCGAUGCUUCGCUUGUACUGGGGCCGAGUCCGAUGAGCCCUGGACGUCUCCUUCCGCCGCCCAAAUUACCUUCCAGAGCAUCAACCAGAACCUCACUGAGAGCAUCCCCGAAGUUCUAUCGCCGCCGUUGUCGCCCCCUGGUAUCAACCUCGGGCCUCAGAGGAGCAUAGCCAAGACGUCCGCCCUGAAGCUCAUUACGUCUUUCGGCGAGCAAACCGGAAAAUCGAAAUUCUUUUCUCAAGGAGAUGGAGGGCAGACACCCAUUGCCGCCGGUCCGACCCCUAUUGCGGACUCUGCUGUUUCUCCCGGUGGCUUCGACUUGACCACCGCUUUCAUUCGCCCAUCGAACCGCAGUCAGUUCAACACGCCGAACUCAGCGAGAUCUGGAGCAUCUGGUUUCGGUCGCAAGCGUCUCCCUUCCAUCGGCGAGAUCCCUGGAGACUUGUCCCGUGACCAGCUUCAGGCCGAAGGCGAAGAGUCCAGGCGCGUCAUGCAAAUGCGCAUGUCUUCUGCCGAGCAGGAUAACCUCGCGGCCGGCCUGAACCUGCAGAGGGCCGCUACCGCAAGCCCCAUGAUGAUGCGUGACCAAUACAAGAAGAUCACGGUGCGGACAAGGGAGGCUCCUCCGCCGUCUCCUGACGCCAGGAUGCUUGUGAAAAUGGAGGGCAACAUGGCUCAACGCAACGGUUCUCGGGAUCGCAAGCCAAAGGGCCUCCAUCUCGAACUCGCGGGUCUUAAUAGCAUGGCGAAUGAGGUUACCUCACCCGAACAGUCUGUUUCAUCCUCGACUCGCUUCCAUUGGCCCUCUCGACGUCGCGGUCCGGGAUCCGUCGCAAGCUCGGCCACAUCUCAGUCCACCACGGGCAAAAGUCUCCGCAAUAACACCAACGGCGGGCGACAGGACUACAUCCACAGCCUCGACACUGCCCAGCGUCUUCAGCAACGCAAACAGAGAAGCCGACACGCAAGCCGCGAGGGUAAACGGGACGGCUCUCGUGGCCGUGAUCGCGAUCACAGCCGCACUCGUAAGACGACUUCCCGUGAGGCUUCAUCGGAACGUGGCCGCGCCUCAAGCCGCAACUGGCCCAAGCCCAAGCGCUCGCCGACCUCUCCAAUCCCCAUGUCACCCGAGGACCUUAUCAACUUGAGCACUCCCAAGAUGCCCGAGGUUGUGGACCCUGCCACAGUGAGAAAGUCGAGCAAGAGCAGAAAGGGUACCAGUCGUACGUCCAGCCGAGGCAGCCAGGGUCGCGCCAAAAGCCCUGAGACUAGAAACCGCCCUCCUGCCCUCGAGCUCCGCGGCCGAAGCGCGGACCGUGGCGGCGGCUCCCAUGCCCGGUCGCCCUCGUCGCCGCUUCCACUCUCAGCCAACCUGGUUCAUUACCAAGGAUCCGAAGAUGAGGAAGAUUACGUCAAGGCCGUCAUCGCACAAGAGAAUUUUAGGAACAGGCACAACAGGAGCACUAGUCAGCACGGAUCCCGCAAAGCCCUUUCCCCCGAGCUCACUAGAGAAUUUCCCCGACGAGACCGAUCCGAGAGUCGCCGCCGUCAAACCGGUGAGGUCCCGGACCAGUCCCGCGAUGUUGCGCCUACCCAAUCAAAGUCGCGUGCCGCCUCUACCGAGCACGCCGGAGACCUCAAAGCCAUGAAGGAUGAUAGACAACGCAAGAAGGAAGAAGCCGCGCGCGAGCUCGAGGAGCGCCGAAAGUCGCUUGCCCAGCGUCCGUCUGCACCCCCGAUCCCCCAUCCCAGUCAGAUCCGCAUCGGCAUCGAACCGUCGUCCAGCGCCGUCGAGCUUCCCCCUCGCAGUCACACCGCGGACUCGACGCCGAGGAGCAUGUACGCUCGCAGCAAUUCCAACGUCCAUAUCGGGCUUCCUGCGACCCCAAAGGCCAUGCGCCUCAUCAUUGAGUCCGAAAAGGACAGGAACAACGUCCCGGUGCCCCCGAUCCCAGCGACCUUUGCGCAGCGUCACUCCCCAGCAACCUCUCCUCAGCAUCAGUCUCCCAACAAUAGUGACAAGGAGGCCGAGUCUUUUACUCUGCUCCCGCAGACGACCUACCAGCUGCCAUCUUCGGUCUACCAGCCUCCGGCUCGUGGCAUGAUCCCCCGCAGCAUGUCCGCCCCACCGAUUCCUCCUGACGCCCCAUCCCCGAGAGGACCAAGCUCUCACAGCAAGGGGUUGUCCCGUGGUCCUUCAAUGAGAAGGGGCAACUUGCAGGAGAUUCGCACCGUCGACGACAUGAUCCGCGCCAGGCGCGAGUCUCGGGAGAGCAACAAUCACGGACCUCUCCCGCCGCCGCCUCCCCCCCCGCCAAUGCUGAAGGAGCUGCAGCACCUCGCCAUGCCCCCUCCCCCACCACCGGCACCUCUUCCGUAUGCCGCUCAAAAUAGCGCCGGCGGCCUUGGAUCCGGCAUGAUCGAGAUCAUAAUGGACGACGACGAGCCAGCUCCGGCGACCAUGGCCGCACCCAUGGACACUACCGUUCCGGUCCUCCCGCCGCCGGCCCCUCCGGUGUCAAAGGGCCACAGCCGCGGCCGCAGCUUCACUGAGCGUGACAACAGUAUUGCCGGCCGCAUCUCCAAGGCUACCGACCGCUUCCGGUCCGGCAGCCGUUCCCGUAAGGAACCCUCCAGCCGUCCUCGCGGACAAGAUGACUACGAAUACGCGCCUUACGAAAGCGUGCCGAACUACGGUCGCGAAGGUGUGCGGUCUCCCGUCAUGGCGCAGAAGGGCCUGUCUACCGGGCUGCACCAGAGCGAGAUGAUCUGA